AUGGCGCCCACGAGCUUGCAGCAGGGGUACCUUGGGCUGGUCAAGAGGAAGGGCGUCGAGCGCCGCUUCUUCGUGCUGCACGACGAUCGGCUCGAGUACUACCGGAGCGAGGGUGACGCUCUCGACCCGCAGAAGCAGGCCUCGAAGGUUGAGAUGUGGCUCGCGAGGCCCAGAAGGCGGGCCCGCCGUGGGCGCAUCGGGGACCAGACGGCGACGCUGCGGGAGGUCGCCGCCGGAGACGCGAAGGCGUGGACGGCCGCCCUGCUGUCGGCCACGGGCCAGGGCGGCGAGGAGCGGGCCGCGGAGGGCGAGGGGCCCGCGCAGGAGCUGGGCGGCGAGGGGCCCGGCGCAGCGCCGGGCGAGGCCGCGGGGGCCGCCGCCGCACAGAGCCCCGCGCCCGGCGCCGUGGUCCACGAGGGCCCCCUGGAGGUGGUGAAGGGCAGGUCUGCCCCCCUCAGGCACGGCGUCCUCACGGGCGCGCAGUUCGCGUACUACGCCAGCAGGGACGAGUACCUCCAGGGCGCAGCGCCGCGGGGCAGGGCCCCGCUUGUCGACGUGACGUCGCUGCGGUGCUCCACGCGCAGCGGACUCAUGGCCAUGACCGUGAAGGACUACGACAAGGUCCUCAGCUUUCGGCCGCGGGGCGGCAAUUCCGAGCUCGAGGUCUGGGCGAGCAAGUGGAAGGAUGCGCUCGCCCUCUGGUCUGGAGCGCCGAUGGUGGAGCAGAGUGACGACGAGGGGCACGACGACCCCCGCCUGAAAGAGGGAACGUUCCUCGUGAACCGCAGCGGCCAGGUGCAGUCGCGGCAUUUUGUGCUCUAUUCCGACCGGAUGGUGUCUUGGUCAAGCAAGGCCUGUUGCGACGGCCGCGACGCCCCGACGUACGAGUUUUCUCUGAGCGAGGUGGACGACAUAGAGAUCCUCGACAACGGCCUAGACGUGUACCUGCGGGGCACCACGGAGCCGCUGACGCUGCUUGGCCCCGCCGGUCAGGAGCUCGAUGCCUGGGCGGAGGCCAUCUCGCGCGUCUUGGAGGGGCACGGGCCUGGCGAGCCUCAUGGUGCUCGCCCUGUCGCUCUGGAGCCGAGCCGCCCGUGGAACGCCCUGGACGGUCCGGGCGCCGCGCCGUCCUCGGCGCCCCAGCCGAGCGUGUCGUCAGGGGCGGCGGCCACGAAGCUCUUCAAGGAGGGCCUCUUAGGCUUCGCAGAGGGGAGCGGGCUGGUCUGGAAGUACUGCGUGCUCGAGCAGGACCACUUGUCCGCCUGGAGCGACGUGGGCGCAGCCGCCGCGCGGAAGUCACCAGAUCUCGUCUUGGACAUCUCGGCCGGCGGAGCCUUCCGGGCCGCGGGCGCCGGCUUCGUCGUCACCUGUGGCAAGGGGAAGGUCGGCGUGCACGUUGGCGCAGACGGUGACCUGCCAGGAUGGUCGCAGGCGCUCUCCCAGGCUUUCAGCGCCCACGCGUUCGACGCGGAGUCGUCCGACAAGGUGAGCGCGUGGAGGCCGCCGUCACGGCACAGCCACGCGGGCCCGCCGGCGCCGUCCGUCGGCCUGGCCAGCGGCGGCCCGAGCGGCGCCGCCGGAAGCAGCAGGGCGGCCGGACGCCAGCGCUCCCGCAGCGCGGAGCCCGGCGGCAGGGGCACGCCCGGCUGGCUGCCCGCCUGCGCGCUGCGGGCGCCGGCGCGCAGGCCCACCCUUGGGCAGGUGGAGCUCUGGGCGGACGUGGAGCGCCGCGCGCCGAAGCUGAGGCGGGACUCUUCCAGAGAGGCGCCCAGGUCCAUGGUGAUCCAGAGCCACGGUGCGGGAGCCGAUGCCGCCGUCCUGCUGCACGGCGCGGCGGCCAAGUUCCACUCCGGCAGCACGCCCUCCAGCGGUCCGAUGCGCAGGGCAGCGGAGGUGGACGGCAAGUCCGCCGUCCAGACGAGAGACAGCUCCGCCCCGUUGCUGGGCAGGUCCCCGCAGACGCUGCCAGGCAAGGUGACGGACAGCGGGUUCUCCACCGCCAGGUGUUUGCCAGCCCGGGCCGAGGUAGGCAGCGCUGCCCACGGCUGGUCGAAGAUCAGCGGGGAGAACCGCGCCAUCACGACUGCCAGCCUCGUUGUCCAGGGGCAGCAGCCGUGCGCUCCCAAGGUCACCGCCGCUGGGAGAGCUUCGCCCUCGCCGCCUCCGUCAGGCAGGGACCGUCGUGCUGUUUCGGGCAAGAUCACAGGCGCCAGCUCGGCAUCGCCUCCGUCCGGCAGAGGCGCCCACGCAAUCGCGGGCAAGAUCACGGACGCCAGCCGCAGCGGCCUGCGUGGCUGGGCCGCUCGGACGCCGGCCGCCGCGGUGAUCAAGUGCCACUGA